AUGGCUGGAGCAAUGGUUUUCAGCCAGGGUAGGGUACAGGAGGAGAAGGUGGUAUCAAACUCUCCUAUAUCAAGCUACAUGACCCAUCAAGAAGUACACGGCUGGAGUCCAGGAUGCAGGAACAGAGACGGCGGGCCGUGUCGGCCGGGCCCGGUGGUGUGGAGACCCGCCGCAGCAGCGCCUCUGCUCCGCGGAACCCGCCGGCUUCUUCUUCGCCACUGUGCCCAGCGCAUGUUUGCCUCGCAGACUGAGGGGGAGUUCAAAGUGACCCAAAUUCUCAAAGAAAAGUUUCCUCGAGCUACAGCUAUCAAAGUCACUGACAUUUCAGGAGGCUGUGGGGCACUGUACGAAAUUCAAAUCGAAUCGGAAGAAUUUAAGGAGAAGAGAACGGUCCAGCAGCACCAGAUGGUAAAGCAGGCACUAAAAGAAGUCGUCAAAGGUAUGCACGGGUUGUGGAUAUUUACCUCUGUCCCCAAACACUGA